AUGAAACUUGGUAAAAAGAGCAGUGAAAUUGAAGGUGAGGUGGUUCUUGCUGAACAAGUGAAUGGAGGCAGUACAGAUGUGCCUGAGACAGUUGUGAAGGAUGAAAUCACACAGAGAGAAGGGGAACUGGUGAGGAACUUUCUAAAGAACAGUGCAAGCCAGUUAACAAUCUUUGGAUUAUUUUCCUUGCAAGAGGGUUUGAAAGAGCGGGAACUUUGUGUUUUCUUCAGGAAUAAUCAUUUCAAUACCAUGUUUAAGUUUGAAGGCGAAUUAUAUAUUUUGGCCACUGACCAGGGAUAUAUAAAUCAAUCUGAUUUGGUAUGGGAGAAACUCAAUGAGGUAAGAAGUGUGUCUUUUCAUAUAUUUACCUUAUAUUUGACGAAUGGGUAAAACUGAGUUUAAGUU